CGGCGGCGGCGAGCGGGCCACUCGGUCCAGGUCCCGCGAGCUGCGCGGACUAUGGAGCCUGUGUCGCUGCAGGACUACGUGCGCGCCCUGGACCCCGCCUCCCUGCCGCGAGUACUGCGGGUCUGCUCGGGUGUCUACUUCCAGGGCUCCAUCUAUGAGAUCUCUGGGAACGAGUGUUGCCUCUCCACAGGGGACCUGAUGAAGAUUACCCACAUUGGCCUCCAGAAAGUGGUCUGCAAGGACCCGGAGACAGGCCAGACCAUGGAACUUGCUCCCGAUUUCCAGGGUCUCUUCAGCCCCAUCACCAGCCCCCAGAGCUAUGGAACCCUGGAGGAGCUGGUCUCUGCUGCAACCCAGCAUUCCAGGAAGCUUCCCAUCUGCUUCAUGUCAACCCACAGAAUCACCACCGAGGCCAGGACGGUGACCGAGGCGCAGCCCCUCAAGCUCGAGGCUGUGGAAAUGCACCACGGGACCUACUAUGCCCGCUGUGUGCUGGGAACUGGAGUCCAGCAGGCUUUUCUGCACCUGCCCCUGUCCCAGAAGGGGUGCUUCUGGGAACUGAAGCUGGGGGACCCUCAGACCCUCCUCCAGGUGCUACAGGACCCGGCCCUGAGGGACGGCCCCCUCACCUGCCCCGUCCUCCCCUGGCACUUCCUGACCCUGAGGCCAGAGUAUGAGGUUGAAGCCAUCAUGCACUUGCGCAGGACCAUCGUCAAGAUCCCCUCCACCCUGGAGGUCGACGUGGAGGACGUCACCGCCUCUUCUCAGCACAUCCACUUCAUCCAGCCGAUGCUGCUGAGCGAGGCCCUGGCCCGGGGAGGCCCCUUCCCCCUGUCCACGGAGAUCCUGGAAGUUCCAGAGGGGCCAUGCCCCUUCCUCAGCCCGUGGGUGGGCUGCUUGCAGAAGGGCCAGAAGCUCUGCAUCCAAGGCCUGGCCUCGCCACCCUGGCGGUUCCUGGCCUCAACGAAGGGCCGGAAGGUGCCCAGACACUUCAUGAUCUCCGGAGCCUACCAGGGCAAGCUGCGGCGGCGGCCAAGAGAGUUCCCCACUACCUUCGACCUCCUGGGUGCUCUCCAGCCAGGCCGGCCACUCCGGGUGGCGGUCACGAAGGACUGUGAGGUUGACGGGUUGGAGACCCCUGGCUUCACCUCCCUGGCUAUGGGGGACAGGCUGGAGGUGUUGGGGACUGGCCAGGCCCUUGGGGCUCAAGAGAGGGACAUAGAAGUCUUGGUGUGUCAGCGGCUGAGUGACCAGACGGGGGAGGAAGAAGAAGAGGAUGGCGAGGAGGAGGACCAAGAGCAGAUUCUGCUGCCCCUCUACUUCCCCGGCAGCUUCGUGGAGGAGUUGAGGGAUGGCCGGCGCUACAGCCUGCAGGACCUGACCGCCCAGUUCUCGCUGCCCUGUGAGGUCAAGGUCGUAGCCAAGGACACUAGCCUCCCUGUGGACCCUCUGCCCUCCUUCCCGGGCCUGCGGCUGGAGGAGAAGAUCAUGGAACCCUUCUUUGUGGUCAGCCUGGACUCCAACCCUGAGAUGUGCUUCGAGAUCCCUCCCCGGUGGCUGGACCUGACGGUCGUGGAGGCCAAGGAGCGGCCAAGCCAGCCGGCGGGGCCCCUCCCCAUCGCCACAGUGGAGGAGCUGACGGAAGCCUUCUACUAUCGCCUGCGGAAGUUAUCGGCCUUUGAGAGUCAAACCCCCCCGCCCAGGCCUCCGAAAAGUAAGAGCCUCGAUAGGCAGAAGAAGCCGGGCAGAAAGGUGAAAGACGCACAGUCUUUUCAGGUCUUAGAAUGGCAGGAACCAGCUCUGCUGCCCAAACCCAAGACGAAGACCUUGCCAAUGGUCAGAAAGGAUAGGUCAAAACUGUGCAAUGAGGUUUCUGGCCACAAGAAGGGCCCCAGGCCCACUCAGCCCAUCAGGCAGGAUACAGAUGAUGGACAUGAUUAUGAAGAAAUACUCGAGAAAUUUCCAAAAACCCUCUAGGUGCUACAGGAACCUCACUUCCUAACUGCUGCUUCUCAGGGAAUCUGAGAUACCAGCUAACUGUUACAAGCCUUUAGAAGACCUUGGACAAGGUCUCUCAGACCUCGGACCGCGGACAAGGAGUGGCCAUGUGGGGCUGCAAGUGGGAUGGACACUGCACCAGCUCCUUCUGGGUCUAGGUUCCUGCCACGGAGGGCGGGCUUUUCUGGGCCCAGACCUUGCAUUUGGCUCCCUCAGCCUUGGAGCUUUGGUAUUUAGUAGCCAACUGGGUUCUACUCAAUCCUGUGUCCCCCAUACCAGUUGUCCCACUGGUUACUGCAAAAAGGGAUCCAAGACACUGGCCGCCCUGGCGAUGGCAGGACUGUGCCUCCUGCCUCUCAGUAAAAGGGACUCAAUCCUGACCGCACAUGGCACUGGGAGCCUUUUUGAAUGUUUGCUGCUCCCUGCUCCACUCUCUCCUCCCUUUCCCCCUCCCCCAGUCUGGCCCCGAGGGACCCGGACUGUCUUCCUCAUGUCUGCGGCACCCAGCACAGGACACCUGUAGAUGACUAUCCAAGGUUACUUUAAGACCGUAGAAUAAAAAUGACACCUGAGCUUCUGGAAAAAUAAGAGAUCAUCGCUUAUUAA